UCGCUUUGUUAAUGAAUUUAAAAAACAAAAUAGAACAAUAUACAACCCAGAACACGGAAUAGAUUUACGGCUUAUAGAAACUGAAGCACCAGAAAAUGCAAGCCAAUCAAAUGCAAGCCUUGACCUUGGCUCUGUAGUAUGCACACUAGAGGUUGAGGAUAGAACGUUCGCAAACUUAAAAAGGAUAUUUAAAAUCACUAAAGAAAGCGUGGGUAGAGAAGCUCUCUCUCGUCUUGUUUCGGCAAUGGACUAUGUGCACAACAAUUUAGACAUUUUAAAAAAAUUCUUGCCAGAAGAAGAAUACUACACUCUGGAUGAGCUGUACACCAACAAAUACGAAGGCACUAACAUGGCACUGGUAGACUAUGGGAUAAAAAUUAUCAUAGAGCGAUAUUCUAAGAUUGAAGAGCUGGUUACAGAAAUUAGAAUUAAAAGACUUUCUAAUAGUGAUCCAGUGACACUUAGAAAGAUUAGUGAAUUAUUUACCCGGGAUGAGUUAAAAAUACUCAUUUCUAUCGGGGGCAAUCCGAAUCUAAGAAGAAUUAAAAGCGAAAAGAAUAUACAAAAAAAUAUACUUGAUGCAGCAGAAUACAUGAAGAACAAUCCCAAUCUCUUUAAGGAGCUAGACACUCUACGGAUAAACACAGAUUUAAGUAACUUUUAUGAAGAAUAUAUAGUUAAAACAGGCUUCAAAAACAUGGUAGACAGAAAUAGAGCAUUGCUGGAUAGAGAAAUAGAGGAAAAGAAAAAAGCUGUAGAAGAAAAGAAAAGCAUGAUAAAUCGUGGCCAAGUAAGAGAAGAAGAGAAGGAAAAUGCAAUUCGUUUUAUCAGUGAAACAGAAAGAAAUAUACAUUCACUGGAGUAUGAUCAAAGGAAUGAAUAUCUAAAUUCCUUUAACCCUAUUGAAAAUAUAAAGUUCGCAUCUAGCUUAAGCCCAGUCCAGAAAACAUACAUACUUAAAAAGAUGGAAGAAGAGUUUGAAAAAACAAAAAACAUAAAAAUAGUAAGAGUUGAGGUGCCUGAUGAAAAGAAAGCGUCUGAGGAAAGAAAAGCUUUUAGAGAAAAUAUAGCCCGAGCAGACAUGAGUAAGAUUGACACAUCAGCUAUGAAAGAAGUUAAGUUGAAGAUAGAUGUAAAGGGGAUAAUAGAAGCCUCCCAAUCUAGCGAAAUUAAAGAUAUUGUAAAAACUGUUGGCAUAACUGGUAUUGAAUUAUGCCGCUUCCUUAUAAUACAACAAAUAUUUGAUAAGAACAUCGAAAUAGAAGGACCCUACAGCGAUGAAGAAAAACAGAAAAUUUUGAACACAUUUAAGAAUAACAUCUGUAGGUACUUUAUGCACUUUGAUGAUCAAAAUGAAAGCGGUGCUAUGUAUAGCUUUUAUAAUGCAUUGAAGGGUAAGAAUAGCGAUGAAUUCAUCGGAAAAAAAUGUGCUGCUAUAAUCAAUAAUGUUAUAGGGUUGAAUAUAUUCAUAUACAAUCCAGAGCACGGAAUAUAUAAGCAGUCCGACAAGAAUGAAGCACCCGAGAAUGUCCUUCGAGAGGAUCAAAGCAUUGAUCUAAGCCCUAGAACAUGCACGAUAAAGAUUGAUGAUGCAAAGUUCUCGAACAUAGAAAACCUACGUUGGUUUACUUUAGGUAACCUAGGUAGGGAACAUCUUUGCCGUAGGAAUAAUUUAUACAGCAUAGAUGACAUGGAUAUUUUCAAAAAAUAUGCAACAGACAAAACAUACUACACUCUGGAUGAGCUGUACACUAAGAGAUGCAAAGGUACUGACAUACCAUUGAUAGACUAUGGACUAAACCUUAUUUUUGAACAAUGCUAUAAUAUAAGUGUCUUAAUUAAGGAAGCUAAAGAAGCAAAAGCCAGCUCUGACAAUAGUGCACAUAACAAAAUUGAAAAAGAAAUUAAAAAAAUAUUUACUAAACAAGAAGACUUGAAUAUAGCUGUUUCUAUCUACAAUAAUAUCGGGCCCAUUAUAGAUGAAAAAGAUAUACAUAGUGGUAUGGUUAAAGUAUUAGAGUACAUACUAAAUCUCAAGAAUUUCUUGGAAGAGAAGAAUGGGACAAAAAUAUUGAAGAUAAAUGCAGAUUUGAGUAAUUUUUGUGAAGACUAUAUAGUCAAAACAGAAUUGGAGAAGAUAAUAAAUGAUGAAAAACGCAGUAUAAAAAGAAAAAAGAGUGCAAACUCUGAAUCUUUCGAAAUAAAGAAUAAAGAACUUAGUGCAAAAGAAGCAGAGCUAGAAGAAUGGAAAAAAACAGCUGAUCCAAACUCACAGGACUACAAAAAAAUAGAAAAAGAAAAAAUGGAAGAGAUAAAACACGUAAAGCAUGACAUCAAUUGUCUAGCUA